GAUGAUGCACUCCAUUUUAAUGAGAUUAAAGGUUUAAUGCAGAUAAAAGAUUUUUAUCUCUUCGGUGCACCCGUACUCUAUGCAGAGACUUCAGUGUGAUUCACAAACAGAGGAACAGCGGAGAGCUAUCAUCAUUCUGACAGAUAAGAGCUUUUGACUUCUUUCUUAUGAACAUCUCCUUUUUUAUUCCAUACAAAAUGAUUGGAACAAAUUUAUUCCUGUUCUCUGUUCUGAUCGUGUGCAGUAUAUCUGCAGAGGAAAUCUUUCAGCCAACCCUUGUGCUGGACAUGGCUAAAGUCCUACUGGAUAACUACUGCUAUCCUGAAAACCUAGUGGGAAUGCAAGAAGCCAUUGAGCAAGCCAUCAAGAGUGGGGAGAUCCUGGACAUUUCUGAUCCAAAAAUGCUGGCCAAUGUCUUGACAGCUGGAGUACAGGGUGCUCUGAAUGAUCCAAGACUAGAAAUUUCCUAUGAGCCAUCACCUCAUGCAGCUCCUAAACAAGAAGCUGAAACUUACCUCACUCGGGAGCAACUCCUGAGUCUUAUUGAACAUGUUGUCAUAUAUGACAAGCUGGAAGGAAAUGUUGGCUACCUGAGGAUUGAUUAUGUCAUAGGACAGGAAGUUGUGGAGAAAGUUGGAGCUUUUCUGGUAGACAAGGUAUGGAAAACACUGAUAAAUACUUCUGCCUUGGUGAUAGAUCUUCGUUACAGCACUGGAGGUCAGAUUUCUGGAAUUCCCUUCAUUAUCUCAUACUUGCAUGAAGCAGACAAGAUGCUACAUAUUGAAACUGUGUACAAUCGGCCUUCCAACACCACUACUGAGGUAUGGACAUUGCCAAAAGUGUUGGGAGAGAGAUACAGCAAAGACAAGGACGUCAUUGUUUUGAUCAGUCAUCACACCACAGGAGUGGCUGAAGACGUGGCUUACAUCCUGAAGCACAUGAGCAGAGCUAUCACUGUUGGGGAGAAGACAGCUGGGGGCUCGCUGGACAUCCAGAAGCUACGUAUUGGCCCUUCUAAUUUCUACAUGAUGGUUCCUGUGUCACGAUCUAUCAGCCCCUUGAGUGGGGGUGGACAGAGCUGGGAGGUGAGUGGAGUGAUGCCAUGUGUGGCUUCUGAGGCAGAGAAAGCCUUGCAGAAAUCCUUGGACAUCCUGGCAGUGCGCAGAGCUGUGCCUGGCACUCUAAGUCGCCUUGCAGAUAUUUUAAAGGACUAUUACAGCUUAGUGGAGCGAGUGCCAGUGCUGCUGCGGCACCUUGCUACCUCCGACUUCUCUACUGUGCAGUCAGCAGAGGACCUUGCCACCAAGCUCAACACUGAGAUGCAGACCUUAUCUGAAGACCCUCGUCUGUUGGUCCGAGCCAUGAUGCCUGGUGAAACUACUGCCCUUCCUGAUGAGAUGCCAAUUGCAAUGGCAGCCAAUUUGCCUGAUAAUGAGCAAUUGCUGCAUGCCUUGGUGGAUACUGUUUUCAAAGUGUCAGUGUUGCCAGGCAAUGUGGGCUACAUGCGCUUUGAUGAGUUUGCUGAUGCCUCUGUUCUUGAUAAAUUGGGACCUUACAUUGUAAAAAAAGUCUGGGAGCCUCUCCAAAAUACAGAGAGCAUGAUCAUGGACCUACGUUACAACCCUGGUGGCCCCUCCUCCUCUGCUGUGCCUGUGUUGAUCUCUUACUUCCAAGAUCCUACUGCUAGCCCUGUCCAUCUCUUCACAACCUAUGACAGGCGCACCAACCAUACACAAGAGCAUAAAAGCCAGGCAGAACUGCUGGCCCAAACCUAUGGAGCUCAGCGUGGCAUCUACGUGCUCACCAGCCGCCACACUGCUACAGCUGCUGAGGAGUUUGCUUACCUCAUGCAAUCACUAGGCCGUGCCACGCUGAUCGGUGAGAUCACAGCAGGUAGCCUCUCACAUACCCGUACCUUCCCUCUGCUGCAGCCUGAACAAGGAAUAACUUGUGGCCUAACCAUCACAGUCCCAGUUAUCACCUUCAUUGACAACCAUGGGGAAAGCUGGAUGGGUGGUGGUGUUGUGCCUGAUGCAAUAGUGUUGGCUGAGGAUGCACUGGAGAAGGCAGAAGAGGUGCUAGCUUUUCACAGAAAAAUGGGGAUGAUUUUGGAGAGUACUGGGCAACUUCUAGAGGCUCACUAUGCCAUCCCAGAAGUGGCUGAAAAGGCAAGUGUUAUGCUCAGCACCAAACGAAUUCAAGGAGGUUAUCGAUCAGCUGUAGACUUUGAGACAUUGGCUUCCCAGCUUACUAGUGACUUGCAGGAGGCAUCAGGGGAUCAUCGGCUUCAUGUUUUCCACAGCCACGUGGAACCAACGCUAGAAGAACAGCUUCCCAACAUGAUUCCCAGCCCUGAGGAACUCAGCUAUAUCAUUGAUGCACUCUUCAAAAUUGAGGUAUUGCCAGGCAACCUGGGAUACCUUCGCUUUGAUAUGAUGGCUGAGGCAGAAACUGUAAAAGCAAUUGGGCCUCAGCUGGUGCAGAUGGUCUGGAACAAGCUGGUUGACACAGAUGCCAUGAUUAUUGACAUGAGAUACAAUACAGGUGGCUACUCCACUGCUAUACCAAUACUUUGUUCCUAUUUUUUUGAGCCUGAACCUCGUCAACACCUCUACACUGUCUUUGAUCGUAGUACCUCCCGCAGCACAGAGGUGUGGACUCUCCCCAAAGUUACUGGCAAGAGAUAUGGCUCCCUCAAGGACAUCUACAUCCUAACAAGCCAUAUGAGUGGCUCAGCAGCUGAAGCUUUCACUCGCUCUAUGAAGGACCUACACCGUGCCACAGUUAUUGGUGAGCCCACAGUAGGUGGUUCCCUCUCAGUGGGUAUUUACCGAGUUGGCAACAGCUCCUUAUAUGCCUCCAUCCCUAGCCAAGUGGUGCUCAGUCCAGUCACUGGCAAAGUGUGGAGUGUGUCUGGAGCAGAGCCACAUAUCACCAUCCAAGCCAGUGAAGCCUUGGCUGUAGCUCAGCACAUUGCCAACCUGCGUGCACAGGUGCCACAGAUAGUGAAAACCAUAGGUAAGCUUGUGGCAGAAAAUUAUGCUUUUGUAGACGUUGGGACUGAUAUAGCAUCCAACCUCACCAGAAGUAUCAACAAAGAAAAUAACAAAAGGAUUAAUUCAGAAAAGGAGCUGGCCAGGAAGUUAACAGCAAUCUUGCAAGCUCUUUCUGAUGAUGAACACCUGAAAAUGCUCUACAUUCCUGAACAUGCCAAAGACAGCAUUCCAGGGAUUGUGCCAAAAGAGAUCCCUUCCCCAGAAGUUUUUGAAGAUCUGAUUAAAUUUUCAUUCCACACAAACGUAUUGGAAAACAAUAUCGGCUAUCUGAGAUUUGACAUGUUUGGAGACUGUGAACUUCUAACCCAGGUGUCUGAUCUACUGGUAGAGCAUGUUUGGAAGAAAAUUGUUCACACAGAUGCAUUAAUCAUAGACAUGAGGUACAAUAUUGGAGGUUACACCAAUUCCAUACCAAUCUUAUGCUCCUAUUUCUUCGAUGAAGGACAUCAUGUUCUGCUGGACAAAGUUUAUGACAGACCCAGUGACUCAGUAAAGGAAACAUGGACCCAGUCACAGCUCAGAGGGGAGAGGUAUGGCUCCCAGAAAGGACUGAUUAUCCUCACCAGUGCUGUGACAGCUGGGGCUGCUGAGGAGUUUGUCUUCAUAAUGAAGAGGCUGGGCAGAGCACUCAUUAUUGGGGAACAGACCAGUGGUGGGUCCCAUUCCCCACAGACAUACCAAGUAGAUGAUACCAACUUCUACAUCAUCAUCCCCACUGCACGAUCAGUCAUCUCUGCAGAAAGCACUUCUUGGGAAGGGAAAGGGGUGACCCCUCACAUGGAAACACCAGCGGUAACAGCCCUCAUCAAAGCAAAAGAGGUGCUCAGUGCUCACCUGCACAGCUCAAGAUAGUCCAACGGGGGCAUGUGCUUCUUAAAAAAGUAGGUAGCUGUGGUUUUCAAAGGAGUCUGAUGGACUUGCACUCUCAUGAGCUGAACCAAUAAUGGGUUUUGGAGCCCAGAGCAAGACUUACUUCUAAUUUCAGUAACUAAUGCAAAAUUGAGACCACAAAUAUCUAACAGGGUGUGUAUGUGUGCAUGUGAAAGGAUGAGAAGGGUACAGGUGUUUCUCUAUAUGUUAUCUAUUUGUUUUCUGCCCAAGAACUCUGUUCCAUUGGGAGAAAUAAUUUCUGCAACUAAAAAUAAUUCACAAACCUUGGGAAUUGUGUUGUUAUGGGCAACAGAAGUGAAUCUGAGUUCCUAGAAGGAGAGGGAGGCUUCACAAUGGAAUUUCAUUUCUUGAAUGAAUUUUUUGGUAAUCUGUUUCCUCAGGGAAGAAAGCCAUAUCCAGAUGCAAACCUUAGAAAGGAGUGGGAACUUGAGUUCAAUUUCAAUAGUGAGUUUUUCCUUUAACAUAAUUCUCAGUGACUCUGCUUUUAACAUGCUGGUUUUUUACUCCCAUUCUGAGGAACUCAGCUCUUUCUGGGCAUGGUUAAGAUAAUUGGAUAUAUCAGUGGGGUAGCUGGAUUUCUUUCCUGUGGUCAAAUGUAAACGUUCAUUUUUGCAUUGUCUGUUUUUUCCUAAGAUUUUGCUCCAAAUAACAGAGAUUUACUUUGGUCCAUUAGAAAAUCCCAGCAGGUUGUAUUGAAGGCACACGAGCCACCUUAAAGCAUUUAUGCAAGGGUAGAAAAGAUACCUGCUCUUUCACCCAGUGAUCAAAUCAGCACUCAGGGAAAAUAACUGUAUGGACUUUAGGCUAAAAACAGAUUAUUGUGUGCUUUGCCCCAAAGACAAGAAGAAAACAAAGAAAUAUCCUUUGUGCCCUGCUAGCAAACCAGUUAUUAAGUGAUUGUGUAUUUCAAAACAAUUAACAGGGUAUUGGAAUGAACCUACUCAAUGCCCUCCAUUCUUACAAUUCCUAUCUAACCAUCUCUCUUUGUAAUGAUUUAGAAAUGUGUAUAACUCUAAUAUAGAUAUCAAGAUUCCUUAUAUCUGCAAAAUACCAGCUUUAAGGCAAUUAACUUAGAAAAAUGGUGCCCCUAAAUGUCACCAAUUAGAAGCUGUAAUUGUAAUACAUUGCUCUUUGCUUGAUCAUUUGUGAGUAGCUGCAUUUUUCAUAAAUCACAUUUAAACAUCUAUCUGCAGAGAUCUCUUUUAGUAAUCACUGAAAUCAUUUUAACAACAGACUUUCCAUCUUUUUUGCUGCUUGUUCAUCUUUCCAGUUACUGUUGGUGCGAUCACUAACCUGGACUCUUCUGAGUUAUUUUUGUACUCUGAUUUUUAUUCAGUAGCCAGUUGUUGGAUUUCUCAGUGUUGUAGAGCCAUUUAAAUGGAUUGGAACUCAUAGAACAUUUUGUGUGAAUCAAUAUACAUACAUGAAGAAUAUUAAAGAUAAUAAGAAAAAGACUGGAGUAGUCAAUGAAUGAGUAAACACUGGUGUAUUCCUUCUAAUGUCUUUUAAGCUUCUUUAAUAAUCUAAAUGAUUUAGAUACGCUUUUUUCCUCAGCACAAUUUGUUGUGCUGUCAACAAACAGUAGUGGUUCUCAAAUGCAACAUUUAUGAACUGUGGUCAUCCAUUUGGAGACCAAGUACUACACCAGAUGGGCACAAAUAGCAAAUUAUUUCUUUGCCAAAGUAAUAUGAUAAGUACUUUUAAACGAUAAAACUUUAAUGAUUGGAAUGUAGUUAGGUAAACAAGAAAAGAAAAUUCAUUUGCUAGUGACUCCAUUUGAUAUCAAUAAUGCUGUAAUACUCCCUCAAUAGAAAGCAAUUGUAUAGAAGAUUACACUGCAUUGAAAGGCUAGAACAUCAUCAAACUAUGAAUGAAAUCGGUUAUAGAAAAUAGAUGGUUUGUGGUUUGUGUUAGAAAGUUAGAUUGAAGUUGUCUUAUAAAUGGACUGAGUUAAUUCUGAAGUGCUCUUCCAGCUUUUCACACAACAGAAAACACACUGAAACCACCACUCUUCUCUCUUCUGGUUCCAGAGCUGAGAUGGAACUUCACGAGUUUUGUAGCAUCAUUUCCUAUCAUCCAUUCUAGAACAACUUUCUAAUGGUUAAUUCUGCCAAUGUUCCUUUCAAAGGAGGCAAGAAAUAAAUGAGUAUACCAGGCCUCCUAACUAUAUGAUCCACCUCAUUUUAGAGUUCACAAGACUCUGACCAAGAAUUGACAGGCAAAUUAUUCAUUUUUUGCACUACAGAAUGGUAUUGUUCUUGCUCUCUAGACAGUGUUUCUAAACCAGACACCACUGAUCACACCACAAAAGAUGCCCUAGCCCAGUUUUCAAACUCUAGACCAUAGGGAAUUCAUGUCUGUAUCUAAGAAAUUAGUGAAAAAUGUUAUAUUUUUCCUCAAAAUAUCUCUAGUUGUAGAAAACAUACAGAUCCCUGCUGUCAAAUCAUAGCAUUACACUGUGAGACUGAAGGAUUAGCUUAAUGCAUUCCUCAAGUCCCUGCAUUUAUUCAAGAACCCCCUGCUCUAAUAGAAUGCCUUUCCUUCAGCAGGAUUUUCUUUCAUCUGUACCAGUCUGAGUGUUCAGACUUCUAGUCAUAAGAAAAAACUUUCCAACAUGACCCAAUUACAGGAUACUUCUUUUUCUUUGUCUCAUUAUGUUUCCUUCUGCCUGUGCUGCCUUGGUUCACUCAGCUUUAAUAUAAAAAUUUUCAUAUAAAGAAAUAAAAUCUCCAAAAUUCUUGAAUGAGCCCAAUGCUUUAUGUAACCCUUAAUGUAACUUAAAGGAGACAAUCAGUUAAAUGUGAAAUGCA